AUGACUGCAGUAGACACAAGGUCCCCUCCACAGCUCCCUGGGCUGCUCAGAGCAGCUCAACUCCACAGUUGGAAAAACCAACUUUUCCCAGAGCCAGAGCUCUUCCCCCAGCUCCCCCCCUCCCAUAUUUGUAUAUAUUUCACGAGGAGAGCUGGGCUGAGUUUGUUCAUGAGCUGCAGUUCCUGGGCGGACCCCACGCACAGCUGGGCUCACUGUGCUUGGAUCCGCCUUCCCAGCCAGCAGCCUCAUGAAUUCGGGGCUGUGGGGUUGACAUCGGAGAGGAAGAAGGAUGGACGGGUCAACAGCUUGAAGCCGGGCUUCUGGGUCCAGAAAAUGGGUUGCUGGAGGAGACCGGGUCUGCUUUCCUUGCUGCUGCUGUCCUUCUCCUGCUGUGCUGGUGCGCGCCGCAGCCUGAAGACCAACCUGUGCAAGUGGUGCGACUCCACGCCGCCAGCCUGUGAGCGGGAGGUGUGCUACAGCAACUGCAACCUCAACUCCUACUGUGAGGACCCCUUUGAGAUCUGCGUGGCCAUAUGGAGACAGGACAACGACAGCAUCAGGAUCAGCACACUCUGCCACAACCCCCACCGCCCCAUAGAGAACCUCAUGGUCCCCAACUACAACACCUCGCGUUGCAUCAUGACCCACCAGCCCAGUGAGGAUGGCAUCAUCUACAUCUGCGGCUGCGUGGAUGAGCAGGAGUGCAAUGAUAAGCUUAUCUUUGAAAAUCAUACCAAUGAUGGGAUUUGUGUGCAGCCUGCAUUACCGCCCUGCGAACGGCUGCGCCUUAUUAACCACCCUGCAUAUUUUCCUCCUACGCGCGAUCAAAACAAGAUGUCGCGGGCCCCUCAAGGCAGCUCCUUCCUCCGUGCUUCCCUCCCUGCAGGCUACUCCAUGCUGCAGAGCAAGGAGGUCAUCCCGGUGGCCGCCAUCAGCCUCCUACCGCCACUGCUGGUGGCGGUGAUGAUCACCGUCAUCUUCUACCUCUGCCGCACGCAGAAGCAACGCAAGAGAGCCAAGAGCUGGGUUGGGAAGCAGGCGCAGGGUCCGGCACUGCCAGAGCCGGGCAGGGCUGCAGAGAGGGACGAGAAGCUGUCUGUGCUGAUGGAUGACGGCCCGGCCACCAUGAACCCCACCUGUGCCAACAACAUCAACCACAACACAGAAUUGCUGCCCAUUGAGCUGGACGAGAUGGUGGGCAAGGGGCAGUUUGCAGAGGUGUGGAGGGCUAAGCUGAACCACAGCAGCUCAGGGCAGUAUGAGACAGUGGCGGUGAAGAUCUUUCCCUGUGAGGAGUAUUCUUCCUGGAAGAAUGAGAGCCAGAUCUUCACGGACGCCAGCCUCAAGCAUGACAGUGUCCUGCAGUUCCUCACAGCUGAGGACAGAGGCUCGGGGCCACGCAGGGAGUACUGGCUCAUCACCGCCUACCACAGCAGGGGCAACCUCAAGGACUAUCUCUCCAGACACAUCCUAAGCUGGAUGGACCUGCAAAAAAUGGCGGGGUCGCUGGUGAACGGGGUGGCUCACCUCCACAGCGAUUACACCGCCUGCGGCCGGCCAAAAAUCCCCAUUGCCCACCGGGACAUCAAAAGCACCAACAUCCUGGUGAAGAACGAGCAGGAGUGCGUGAUCUGUGACUUUGGCAUUGCCAUACGCCUCGACCCCUCGCUGACGGCAGAUGACUUUGCUAACAGUGGGCAAGUGGGCACUGCCAGGUACAUGGCUCCAGAAGUCCUGGAGUCCAGGGUGAACCUGGAAGAUCUGGAGUCUUUCAAGCAGAUGGACGUCUACUCCAUGGCCCUUGUUCUGUGGGAGAUGGCCUCCAGAUGUGAAGUGGUGGGAGAGGUAAAAAAUUACGAGCUGCCUUUUGGGUCAAAAGUGCAGGAGCAGCCCUGUGUGGACACCAUGAGAGACAUCGUGCUGCACGGCAGAGGGCGGCCUGAGAUCCCUAGCAGCUGGCUGGUGCACCAGGGGAUGCGCUUCCUGUGCGACACCAUCACGGAGUGCUGGGACCACGACCCCGAGGCUCGGCUCACCGCACACUGUGUGGCCGAGCGCUUCAACCUGAUGGCGCAGAUGGAUUGCGACGACAUCCUCAACAACAACAUGGACAACGAGGUCGGCAAAACAGCCUCUGCGGGUGGGGAGCAGCAGGACAACGAUGGGAACAGGAGCACGCCGUGAUGCAGCAGCAGGAAGCCUCAGCGUGAGAGUCCCAUGGAAAGGAACUGCAAUCUAGUGCAUAACUUAUUUAUUACAUCUGUUUCCUCCCACUGAUGGGCUGAACUGUGGAAUCUAUACUUUGGUUUUUUUUUUUAUGUCUAAGUGCAACAGUAUAUAUGAACUGAUUUUGUACUUAUUGUAAGUGUAUAAUGGUGCAAAGCAUCCCUUUUAUUAUUUUUUAACACAAUAACAUUUAAUCUUUUAUUAAUAAGCACGUGAACUCCAUGCCUGUCUUUGGAAGCCCUUCCCAGCCACCCCCAACCAGAUCCUACCAUACUAACACUGCCAACACAACCGUGUUGGCCAAUUCUUCCUGCGGUUACUUCCCCUCCUCCACAGCAUUACUCAACUUGAAGAAAGACCAUCAGACAGAGCCAGGACCUUUACUCCCCAUAACUCCCAGACCAAACAAGGCAGCCUGUGCAGUAGAAAGGCAAUUAACUGAAUGAGAAAGGUAAUUAACCGAAUGAGAAAGGUAAGUCGCACCACAGCAAACCACAGCGUUGCACAAAUCUUAAGCCUUCCACUCUUGUGGGCAAAAGGUAAUAAAACCUCUCACUGCUGCCAAGGAGCCCUGCAAGCCCAUGCUUGACGUGCACCUACACAGAGGUUCUUUCAGGAUAAUGUGAAAGAGGAAUGCUUUGCUUGCCAGCACAGCACGUCCAGCUGCUCCUUCCUGUCACCUUAGAGUGCUCAAGUGAGCCCCUUCCCUUGAAGUAUACCUUCUCCAGUUCACCAUAGCAGCACUCUUCUGCACACACACCUAACAUCAGUCCCAUUUAACACAUUAAUGACUGCUCCCUGUGUGCCCAGGAGGAACAAGGGGCACUCGGCAGCUUUUCUCACACCAAACACCCUCUAAGCUAUCAAAUCCUUCUUUCCUUUACCACUGAGCGCAAACUUGCAUCAAGUUGUUUGGACACAGCAACAAUGAAUAUAUUUACUACUUCUUCCCAGUUCAGUUUGAGAGGCUUUCUAAGUCUCUGUCUGGUCUUACAGAGGUGAAUGGUACACGGAGGGGAUCAACUGGUGCAAACUGCAAGUCGACAAUUGCUCCUCCGCUUCUGAAGGCUGAAAUGGAAACCCUAGAGAAGGAGGCCUCCCUUUAGGCUCAACACUGCAGAUUUCUUCUCAAAAGAAGGCUUUCAGGCUUUCAGGCACACAGAGGGGAACAGAUUGAGAAGCUUUACUGAAAAUAAACUCUAGCUUCCAAUAAUGGCCAUUACUACCAACAGUGAAAACCAAGUCAAUAAUCACAUAUUCCAGAUCAUAUACUUGAAUGCAUGCAUUAAACACAAGCAAUGCAUCACACUCAGUUUUCAUGCUCAGCAGGGAACGCCCCGAGGAGGGCUCCAAGAUCUGUUAAAGUCUCAGGGAGCCCUAAAUUAGCAAGGGCAAGCAAGAACUUUGCUCAACUGCACUGGAGCUGAAUCACACCAUAAAGAAAGGAACAGAAGGCUAAAGCCUAUGUUUUGCCACGCUCCUCAUUCAACUCACUGUAGUUCUAUGAAGUACCUACACAGGAAGCGGCAGUGAUCUCUUUUCCCUUCACUCCAGAAGGUACAAGACGGAAACAACAGCAGUUAUGCAAGAGAAUCAAAUCUGGUCAGUGUUAAAAAUACACAUUAGUCUGCUGAGUACUUGCAGCUCUUAGAAGAAUCACAUAAAUGUCAAAACCUGAGUUGGAUAUUCAGCGGCUAGAAUUUUCUUCAGCUAUUUUUCAAUCCCAUCCUUUGUUUCCAGAAGAAACCAAAGAAUUGCAUCAUUAUUAAUCCCACAUCACAAAGUCAUUCCAGUUCUUGUGACCAUCUGAGCAAAGGAAGAUGUUAUUUUCCUAGCAGCUCCCACAUUAAAAGGGAUCGUCUCAUAUUUUAAGACUACUUCAGGGCCGGCCUGUUUCUACAUGACAAAAUUAGUAACAGCUUUCUUAGCACGAAACCACAGGCACACCAGAUGAGUGUGGAAGAGAAAUAACUUGGUUGAUAUUAUACAAAGAAUACAAAUACGUUCAUGGCCGAACACAGGAGCUUCUCAGACAAACUCCCAAGUCAAAGUUAUAGGCAGAGCUCAGCAGCUGAAUCACAG